AAUUGAAUUUCUGCUUGAAAGGAAAAAUGCUGGAGAAAAUGAAAUGUUACCUACUCUUGGCUCUUUUUACGUGUCUGGACUGUUUUUCUGCAAAUAACCAGUGCGGAUUAAGUAGCAUGGGAGAUGAUUGUCGAGUGAUUGAAUUCAAAGAAGGAACAAAAAAUAAGAUCUUAACAAAUCACGUCAUUAGGGAAGAUCAUCUGCCAGACAAAGAUGUUUGUGAAUUGAGAUGCUAUCUUGAACCAAACUGCGUGUCCUACAACUAUGGUCUACUGUCAGAUGGAACAUUCACAUGUGAACUGAAUGACAGGACCCACUUACAAGUCCCCGGCUCCCUUGAAGACAAAAUUGGAUUUGUAUACACAGAAAUUUUUAAUCCUUGUGAGAGCAUUCCAUGUGCCAAUCACGCCUCAUGUCAAGCGGGGUUUGGUAACCAUGGAUACCGCUGUAUUUGUCCUUCUGGAUAUCGAGGAGUUCAGUGUGAAACAGAUAUCGAUGAGUGUAACGAUGGUAGCCAUAACUGUCAUGAUGCGGCCGAUUGUACAAACACCGCUGGAUCAUUCAAUUGCAGCUGCCAAUUUGGACACCUUGGAGAUGGACGGCACUUUUGCUCAGAUAACUGGAAAAAAAUUAACCCCGAUCCUGUCUGCUUUGGGACAAAAAAUGACGCCUUUGGAUCCUUUAAAAUCCAAGAGGCCGGUAAAAUCUACUCAUUCAAACUUGUGCAUACAUAUGGCUCCGUGACAUGUAAUACUAACCUCGAAUCCACAAAGUGGGGAUGUUCAUACACAGGUUUCGGACGUCAUAGUCUACUGACGGUGAUAACUUACCGCAACAAGACUGUUCUUCCACUUGCUAAGUUCGUGAAAGGCGUUGAUGGCUAUAGGUACCAACUUGACGGUGCUCAUGUCAACUCCCCGACGCUUGUGUUUAACCUGCUCCCCACCCCUCUGGUUGUGUCGAUUGGACAGCAGUUCCUAAUAUGGUAUGGGCAAGACUUGGCAGAUAAUUCCGAGGGCAAUAAUGCCGGGAAGACAUGCGCAGAUGUUUACGCUUUGUACCCUUAA